UUAAACACAUUCUUCCCACCAUCUUCACAAAGAAAUGGAUUUUGUGGAUUACAGGCGCAAAAGCAACUUUCCCAGGAAGAUCAUCUUGGCUGCUGGCCUUAUUGCAGUUUGUUUUCUUCUGUUCAGAAAGUCCCCUUCUGGUUUCACUGCCUCCAAUAAGUUCUCUCAGCAUGAAGCAGGGGUAACACAUGUCUUAGUAACUGGAGGUGCUGGGUAUAUAGGAUCUCAUGCUGCUCUUCGCCUCUUGAAGGAUUCGUAUCGUGUUACAAUUGUGGACAAUCUUUCUCGGGGAAACAAGGGCGCGGUCAAAGUUCUUCAAGAACUAUAUCCCGAGCCCGGGAGGCUUCAAUUUAUUUAUGCUGAUCUUGGAGAUGCAUCAGCUGUAGACAAGAUAUUUUCGGAGAAUGCAUUUGAUGCUGUAAUGCAUUUUGCAGCUGUUGCAUAUGUUGGUGAAAGUACACAAGAGCCUUUAAGGUACUAUCAUAACAUUACCUCGAAUACGUUGAUGCUAGUAAAGGCAAUGGCGGCACAUAAUGUCAAGACAUUGAUCUAUUCGAGUACUUGUGCAACAUAUGGAGAGCCGGAGAAAAUGCCCAUCACUGAAGUCACUCCACAAGCACCGAUAAACCCAUAUGGGAAGGCAAAGAAAAUGGCAGAAGAUAUCAUAUUGGAUUUCUCAAAGACUAAUGACAUGGCUGUCAUGAUCUUAAGGUACUUCAAUGUGAUUGGGUCAGACCCUGAUGGGAGGCUAGGAGAAGCUCCUAGACCAGAACUCCGCGAGCAAGGUCGUAUAUCAGGUGCUUGUUUCGACGCAGCUCGUGGGAUAAUUCCAGGCUUGAAGAUAAGAGGGGUUGACUAUAGUACCCCUGAUGGAACCUGUGUAAGAGACUACAUUGAUGUCACAGACCUAAUCGAUGCACAUGUAAAGGCUCUGCAACAUGCGACUAGGGGCAAAGUCGGCAUCUACAACGUUGGCACGGGGAAAGGCAGUUCGGUGAAGCAAUUUGUGGAGGCGUGUAAGAAGGCCACUGGAGUGAACAUAAAGGUAGAAUACCUGAGCAGACGCCCUGGGGAUUACGCAGAGGUCUACAGUGAUCCUUCCAAGAUCAAGCAGGAGCUGAAUUGGUCUUCAAAAUACACACUCCAAGAGAGCUUGGCAAUUGCAUGGAAAUGGCAGAAACUUCACAGAAAUGGGUAUUCUAAUAAUUAACAGAGACGAUACACAUAGUUCCUGAAUCACGUGAGGCUCGUUAUUUUUUUUCUUUUUUUUUUCCGCAGCAGAGAGAACAAAAGCCUGCUUCUCAGCAGCAUUUUUUGAUUAUUUAUGUGUAGUGGAUGCAUAGUUUACGUAUAAAUAUACUUAGUAUUUAUUCAUAGAAAUUAUACCUAUACAAAUGGUAUGCAAGCACUCAUCAGCUGCUGUAAUAUUUGACAGAAGGGGGGAUGAAUACCACCUUCAUUGUUGUUAUUGUA